UCAUUAGCUUUACGUGGCAGUACCAGUGAAGCUCUGUGUUCAACUUAAAAAUAGCACCGACUCGCUGCACGUUCUGUCUCCGCUCAUGGACACAGCGUCUGUUUAGCAUUUGUGCACAGACUCUUAAUGGUGCUGGUGGAUUUAUUAGCGCUUAAUAACGUAAGUUCAAAGCGAGAAUGUUAACGUUUUCGGAGCUCGUCGUCCUGCUCGGUGUUUUGUGCGCUACAGCGAGCGGCUACUUCGUUAGCAUCGAUGCUCACGCGGGAGAAUGUUUCUUCGAGCGCGUGAACUCGGGCACUAAAAUGAGCCUUAUGUUCGAAGUAGCCGAAGGAGGCUUUUUGGACAUCGACGUCGAGAUCACCGGUCCAGAUGGAAAGCAGAUUUAUAAAGGAGACCGUGAGUCCAGUGGAAAGUACUCCGUGGCCGCCCAUAUGGAUGGCACUUAUAAGUUUUGCUUUAGUAACAAGAUGUCCACUAUGACUCCCAAAAUUGUCAUGUUCACUAUUGACAUCGGUGAAGCUCCCAAGGGUCAAGACAUGGAGACAGAGGCUCAUCAAAACAAGCUGGAAGAGAUGAUCAAUGAACUGGCCGUGGCCAUGACGGCUGUCAAGCACGAGCAGGAGUACAUGGAGGUCCGGGAAAGAAUACAUCGAGCAAUUAACGACAACACCAACAGCAGAGUGGUGCUGUGGUCGUUCUUUGAAGCCCUGGUGCUCGUUGCUAUGACCCUUGGACAGAUUUACUACCUGAAGAGAUUUUUCGAAGUACGGCGAGUCGUGUAAAAAGAAAUUAAAACACACGCUUCCUCUCUAUUAUCAAGACAGUCUUUCAGUUACUAAAGGAUUGGCUAUCCAGCCUCGACAACUUUCAGAAGAGUACUUCUUAUCGUCAAUCAGUUUCCAUUAUUGUCUUUACUUCUGUGUUUCUUUAGAUUGUUUAGUUUGUUUGGGGAGCUGUGAUCUUUCAGGCAAAUCUUUGGGUAUUCACUUUAAAUUUCUUUUAACCCCCAAUUCUUAAUAAGCAGUUUUAUUUUGUGGAACUUAUGUUUUUGCUUCCUGUCUAGUUUAAUUGACUUGAUAGACAAACCGAGACACAAAGAGGGUGUAUUAGAUGUUGCUAAGGGAAUGCUAUAAGCAUUGCACGGUGUACAUUUCUGGAUAUUGUUGAAUGUUUUCAAAUAAUGAUUCGGUUUUUGACUUGAAAUACAAAUGAUAUUUUGGCUAAUUGACUUGUGAUGCACCCCCUUUGUAGGCUUUUUAAUUUCUUUACAUUACCUGGCACAUAAUUAACGUGUUAUAGAUAACCUAUGGAAUAUGAUGGUUUAUGUUUUAAAAUGGCUUUAUUGUAUUUUUUGAGGUUUAAGUAUAACUUGCAUUUUGUUUUGUUUUUUCGUGUUAACUGGGGAGGGGAGUAAUUUAUGUACUUUUUUACUGUUACACGUCUGUAUGGACAUUUAGUUUGUUAACAUUUGCUAUACAGAAUUAAAAUUGGCCAUGACUACUGCAGAAUUGAUGGUAAAACUGUACAAUAUUGUAAAGUAGAAUGUUAAAGUGAAUCAAAUAUGAGCUUGAUUUAAUAAAACAUGAUGUUCUUUGAAA